AUGGUUGGCGGUACUCGAACUCUCGUUCUUCCUGAUACCUACGUCAAUGCACCUGGUAGCCCUAUCCGCAUUUCUAAUUCCCCAGACUCAGCAUGUGGAGUUACACCUAUUCAAGUUGUAGCCUUGAACAGACCCGACAAACUAAAUGCAAUAACAAGAGGCAUGAUCGAUACUCUUAUUACGUUCUUCACGACAGUUGAUGUGGAUGAUCGAGUCAAAGUCGUCAUCCUAACAGGUGCAGGCAGAGUAUUCAGCGCCGGAAUCGACCUGAACGGAGACUUCAGCCAGGCGAAGAACGAAUUGCGGCCCAGCGAGAUGCGGGAUCCAGGAGGCACACUGGCGCUUUCCAUGUUCAAUUGCACGAAGCCCAUUAUAGUGGCGUACAAUGGCCUCUCCGUCGGCAUCGGCAUGACGUCCACUCUAGCGGCGGGGAUUCGAAUUGCACCGCGUAAUGCAGAAUUUGGAUUCCCCUUUUCAAGGAUCGGCCUUACGAUGGAGUCAUCUAGUUCCUUUUUCCUCCCGCGUAUGGUUGGAUAUAGCAAUGCUACAUACUUGCUAACGACCGGAAAACGAUAUCCCGCGCAUUCGCAUGUCCUCCACGGUAUCUUCGCGGAGCUUCUUCCGGAACCUGAGGAUGUUUUCCCCGGGCAGUUGAACUUGCCCAAGACAUUCUGUCUAACGUUAGCACCAUGGCAGCUCAUCUUAUUUGGCGGAAUCCUGGUUCUGCGGAAGGCGCACACUUGGUUGACAGUCCUCUUCUAUACGACAUGUUUGGUGGAAGGUAACUUGAAAAUCCCCGCCCAAUGUAGACUAUUUGUCGUCGUGGUUCUGACUUUUACUGACUCGCUCAGGGAUCAUCUUGAAUUCAAAAGGUCUUUCUUUGAGAAACGUCAGCCGGAAUUCACAGAUGACUUGUCAAAGGAUGCGCCUCGGAUAUAUCCCUGGUGGAGCGAGGUUUCGGUGGAGACCAGACCUACGGCUCACAGGGCCCCUGGCAGUAAACUCUGA